AGUCACCUCCUGUUCCCCACCUGGGAUCAGAGCUGGCAUAGCUCUCUCGCCUUCCUGGCAGGGCCGAAGCGAGUGGCGAGUCCAGAAAAUGGGCCACCGUGCUGUGCUGGAGAGAGCGAAGAGGCGACAACUCACAACAAACUUGUUUGUUCUGGCUCGGCCUCCUGGCCUGGUUGACAUCACAUCCUGAAGGCAGCGAGGACGGCACCUCCACAGGCAGGGUGGGCAGAGCCCCAGCGCUCUGGAGAAGAGCUGGGAGGCUGGCCGGCCUCUGGCUCACUUGCCGAGCGAGGGAAGGACGACGGAGGUCGCCGGGGAGAAGUGGGGUGGCCAUGGGGCAGUGCGGGCUGUUCCCUGGCUUGGGCGACCCUAGAGAAGCAGCAGCGAGGUUGGGAGAGACCUAACGGCAAGGAAAAGCUGCUGGAUUUGCAGGAGGGGGGAAAAUGGAUGCUUGCCAACAGCCUCAACCUUUGCAAUUCCACAAUGGUUUCUGGUAACUUGGCUGUUUUGGUGGUCCUGCUUAUACCUCUUGAAUUCUGGAGAUCUGGAGGCCUCCUAGCGGCCUCUCCAGGAACUGCUGGCGAGAAUGACUCCUCAAAGCAGGUCCCGAUCCAAGCCCUCCAGACCAUCCUGCUGAGACGCCUGGGCUUGCAACGGCGCCCGGAGCCAAGGGCGGGGCUUGUGGUCCCCCAAUAUCUUCUGGAUCUGUACCAGUUCUGCUUGGGGAAGGCUCCCUCCUCCCUCAGAGAGACAGAUCUUCCCUUCCUGGAGGAACAAGCCGGGAGAGCCAACACCAUCCGCACCUUCCACCAUGUUGAGGAUCUGGAAAACACCCCUGAAGCCGUAGAUGGUUCGCUCUACUUCCUGUUCAACCUGACCUUGCUGCCUGUGGAAGAGGACCUGACCGCCCUGGAGCUGCGCCUGUACCACUCGCAGAAGGAAAGCAGGGGUUUCCACAUCAACAUAUACCACGCAAUGGGCCCCCUACCCGUUUCCGGAAACAAGAGCAGUCUCCUCCUGGCUCGCAGAUUCUUGGCUCCCAAGCAGUCCAAGUGGGAGAGCUUUGACGUGACCGCUGCUUUCCAGAGGGCCGAAGGCCAAAGGCCCCACAUUGGGUUUCUCAUUGAGGUGGAGCACCCCAACGGCAGCCACGAGCUUCCUCAGCACCAGGCUCCGCUUCGUGCAAGGCGGUCUCCCGGAGAGGAGGCCCAGUGGGCUCUAGAAAGGCCUCUGCUGGUCACCUACAGUCACGACCGGAGGGGGCAGCCUUUGACUCGUGGGAAGAGACAAAGCAGGAGCCAGCCGGCUGGGCUAACCCAGAAAGGAGGCCGAAGAGCCCCCAAGGGGCCAGCCUCCCGCAGCAAACGCAAAGGCCUGAAGCCCAAGGCCAAAGCCAGCACAAGGUGCCGGAGGCAGCGCCUGUUUGUAGAUUUCAAGGAGGUUGGGUGGAACGACUGGAUAGUUGCCCCCAGCGGCUACCACGCUUUCUACUGCUCCGGGGAGUGCCGGUUCCCGCUGGCCGACCACAUGAACUCCUCCAGCCACGCUGUGGUGCAGACCAUGCUGAGCUCGGUGAACUCCAGGGUGCCCAAGGCGUGCUGCGUCCCGACGGACCUCAGCCCCAUUGCUAUGCUCUACCUGGACCAACACGACAUGGUGGUCCUGAAGACGUACCAGGACAUGGUGGUGGAGGGCUGUGGGUGCCGGUAGAAACCACAGAGCAGGGAUAAGCCUCCUCUCAGGUAACCCAAGCAGAGGGCUUGGCACCGUCACGAGUCUUUCUUCAGGCAACAUGGAAUUAAUGUAUGGAACUUCCUACCACAAGAGGGGGGGACAGCCAGAAGAUUAGAUAGCUCAGCUAUGAGAUACAUGGGAUAUCUGGGCACAGAGGCAGCAUAUGACUUAACACCAAACAUCAGAGGCAAACAGGCAAAUGCUAUCACCAGCCUGCUGUACGAGACAGAUGUACCUUGCCUCUGAUUCAACAAGGCAGAAUUCUCAUAUUCUUAUCACGCCUCAUCAACUUCUCUAUACGGAUGAAUAGCUGCUGCUGUUGUUGUUUUAAACUGUGAUGACCUUUAGUUGAACAAUAAAUGAGAAAGCUACCAAGCCUGUCACAGUGAGCAUCCUUAAGCCAAGGUGAAAACUGUGUGACGAUGUGGUUGCCACUAAAGGUGAAUUCACAUGACCAAAGAGAAUCAGCACCAGACGUUCCUGAAAAGAUGAUUUGGGAGAGCUGGCUGACUUUUCACACAUCGUUUAUGGGGAACCUGUGGCUCUUCAAACUUGCUGGACUCCCAGCUCUCACGGACCCCAGGCUGCACAGCCAAUGGCCCUACAGUGCUUGAAGGACCACAGGCUUCCCCCACUCCUGCUCUAAAAUAGAAGCUCUCUCUCAGAGUGCUUAUCCGGUAGAGGAGAGCAGUGGUUGUCAAUUCUGCUGGAGCUGACAUUUUGGGUGAAAAAAUGACAGAUGUGUGCUCCCAGCAGCUGUUGUGUGAAACAUGAAGCCCUCCCUAACACUUUACAGCAGGGAUGUGGAUUCCAAUCCAAUCUCCAUCAGCUCCAGUCAUCAUUGCCACUAGUCAGGCAUGAUACAAGGUGUGCUCCAGCAGCACCUGAAGGGCUGAGGGUUCUCCACCCCUUCAUUAAGCGUCUAAUACCCCUGGGGGUUGUUUCUAAGCAGAGGGGCAUCAUAAACCUUACUGCACCAAAUGUGUGGACAAAAAGGCAGCAAGAGACUGACGCAAGAGAGCAGGUGGUCCAUAUCUUAUUGGUGGAGAGUCAGCAUUUUCUUCUGACCAGGGUGGAUUUGAUUUAAAUCAAAUCAAUUUAAAUCACUAGUCAGUAAGACUUGGUUUAAAUCUUUUUUUUUUUUUUACAGAAAGACUCAUUCUUGGUGGUAUAAUCUUAAUAUUUACAAUGAGAUGAAGGUUUCAUUUUUUGGAAUAAUAAAUUUUCAGAGUGCUUUUUACAGUUUUGUCAAAAAUUACUGACUUGCACAAUUAUUACACAAAGAUCCCAAGACUUGCGGAGUAUUCUGCUCACAAGGUUGCACUUUCAUUUUUACUGCUUCACACUUAGCUACUUAUGCAGAUCUAUUCCAUUCAAAACAAAUCUGUUCAUUGAACCUCUUGGAACUUAGCAUUGGUAAGGGGUUGAUUCUGUGUAUAUAAAUUUGCAAAGGAACAAUGGGAUUAAAGUUUUUUCCUCAACUCUGUAUGUUUAUUUUAUAACAUUUUUCCUGUGAAGAGAAGGCAUGUUAUCUCUGCAGACACAAAUUCACCCUUUUGAGAACUGCAAAAACAAGCAUCUGUGAUAAUAUCUUCUCGUUAGAAAAGCUCCCCCAAAUAAUCUUACAGAAAGCUCUGGAUGAGCAUGACAUUGUGAACAGAUUAAUGGAAUUCAUUUACCUAAAAAAUUAAACUGCAUGUAAAGCCUCAUGCUACAUAAUUAAAAACAAACCCUUAUUUCCUGAUGAAUAACAUUUGGACUAUAAUGUGACUUAAACAGAAAACCAUCUUUAGAAAGAUUUUUCCUCCGAAAGCAAAAUUUUUAAAAAUCCAAUUUAAAUUUUAAAAAAUCCAAAUUAAAUUUAAAAAUCUGAUUUAUUUAUAUUUUAAAUAAUUUAUUUUAUCCACCCUGCUUCUAACUACAUACACCGAAAAAGCACCUUGCUAGUCAUUGCUUCUAAGCCCCUACUUGGUGUCUCAAGGCAAGUCUCAAGUUCUGCUUCAUAGCAAGGAAAGGGACAAAAAGCUCUGAGGAAUGUGGUGGGGAGAAAUGUAGGACUCAACAGGAAUAUGGUGCAUUUUAGUGCAUUGUUUUAAGUCAGCCUUCUCCAAACUGGCACACACCCACGCCCAAUGUUGUUGGGACUACAAUGGGAUGGUGAAAGUUGUAAUCCAAAAAAUCUGGAGGCCACUUGGCUGGGGAAAGUUUUUCAAAGGGCACAAGAUUUCUACUUUUGUGCCCAUUAAAAAUGUAUACAAUGGUGAAAUAAACUGUACAGCUUUU